AUGCCGCGGCAGCGGUAUUUGACUCUACAGGAAGCCGUAGAUAUGGUGAUGAACGAUCUCGAUUCUGUCGAUGGCGAUAUCGAUGUGGUGAGCAUUCCGCCGGACGACAGUGACGAGGAUGAAGGCAAUGACGAAUGCACCGGUGUCGCCGAGGUGGCAGACGUGCCUGGCGAAGUGGAAGUUCAUUUCCAAACACCGUCAACUGAAGACAACACGCCUCCGCCGAAGAAAAAACGACGCACGGAUCAAGGCGCUCCCACCUGGCGUAAACAGCAACCGGAAUACACUGGCUGGCAGGCGCCUUCUAACGGACCGGAAGAAGCUCGGGAGAAGAUCGCCAGCGAGCUGAGUGGGAGUACGGCUGUGGAGAUUUUUGAGAAGAUCUUCACACCCGAAGUGUUCCAUCUCAUCCAGCUGGAAACCCUUCGGUACGCGAGAGAUGUAAAAAACGACCAGCUCUUCUCUCUGUCCGACCAUGAGCUGAAGGCGUUCAUCGGAAUAUUGCUUUAUUCCGGCUACAACCCGCUUCCCAGCGAGCGAAUGUACUGGUCGAAGGACGACGACCUCGCCCGUCCUAUCGUCCGGCAAGCGAUGACGAGAUCGGAUUACCUGAAAAUCAAGUCCUACUUUCACGUCCAGGACAACAAUAAACAGCAAGAGACAAAAGACCGUGGCUUCAAGGUGCGUCCGCUUCUGGAUAUGAUCAACAAGUCGUUCCAGCAGUUUGGUGUUUUUCAGUCCAAGCUAGCCGUUGACGAGAUGAUUGUGAGGUACUACGGUCACAACAGCUUGAAGCAGUUCAUACGCGGAACGCCGAUUCGUUUCGGCUACAAGCUCUGGGCGGUUUGUGGCAGUGACGGAUACUGCUAUAAAUUCGACCUGUACUGUGGAAAGGAAGAGCGUCCUGAGCUGCGUGACCAGCCGCUGGGCACGAGAGUGGUGAUGGACAUGCUGAGCGUGGUGUCGGAUCCUGGUGGUCAUGAGGUGUUUUUUGACAACCUUUUCACCUCCAGAAGCCUCCUCGCGCAGCUGAAGGACCGCGGAGUACGCGCGACGGGCACAGUGAGGAAAAAUAGACUGGACAAAUGUCCCGUGACCGAGAGGAAGAAGAUGGCAAAGUCACGGCGUGGCAGCUACGAACAGAGGUUUGACAGGACGUCAGAGGUGCUGCUGGUGAGGUGGCACGACAACAAGGUCGUCAACGUCAUGACGAACUACGACGCAGCCGACCCGCCCACCUCCACUACCCGGUACGACAGGACAGCCAAAAAGCGCCUCCCGAUACCGCAGCCCAAGGUGUUGAAGACGUACAACACAGGGAUGGGCGGAGUCGACCUGCACGACCAGCUUCUGGGUGCGUAUGAAGUGGCGAUCCGCGGAAAAAAAUGGUAUUGGUGUCUCAUCACCAGGAUGCUGGACAUGGCCGUGGUCAACAGCCAUAUCCUGCAUAAGACCGCGGCAACCGGUGACCAGCUGUCACUCAUCAACUUCCGUCGUGAGAUCGCCACAACGUACCUGAAGGCGGCAGCCUGCGAGAGAGACGCGGCCCGGCCGCUGCCGUCACACAUCCCGGCCAGCCUCCGGUAUGACGGAGUCGGGCACAUGCUGGCACCGUUGAACGCCCGCCGUCGCUGUCAGCUAGAGAGCUGCAAGCUGCGCUCGACGAAGCGCUGUAUCAAGUGUGACGUGGCCAUCUGCUUCAAGUGCUUUGCGGUGUACCAUGGUCUGUCGCCGUGA